AUAUUGAAAAUUUUUUUUUUUUAAUAGAUCAUGUCUGAACAACAAGAUACAUUAUACAACACAGACUUUCUUAUAAUGGAGUAUUUUGCUCAUAAAAUUAUUAAAAUGUUCUUAGAAGAAUAUAAAGGAUGUAUAAACAAUAAUAUGGUUCAUCUUAUGAACGCUUGGAAAGUUAUGGUCCAUUCAAGUGAUGGGAUUUUUUCAGAUGAAAUGAGAAACUUGUACAUUUUAAUAUCUUUGAUUGUAACUUGUUGUUUCUCAAGUAUUUCACAAGUUGAUCAACUUAAUUUAAUGUUAGAAAUGAUCAAUACUCAAGGUCAAGAGUUUCAAAGUGCAACUGAAGAUGUUUCAAAUGUUUGCAAGUUUCUUCACACAAAGAUAUUUCUAAAAUUGCUGGAUAACGGAUGUGGAAAAGGUGCAAAGCAAUAUUUACGUGAUCAUGAUGUUCUUUGCCGUGAUUCACUUGAACAGUUGGUAUCUAAAGACAGUCUUCCAGAAAAUCUUAAACCAGAAAAUUUAAAGAAUGUUUGUUUUUCAUAUGUUAGUGAAGUAUAUAAAAAAAUACCAAGAAGCAGACUUGUUUUGUUAUUUGACAAUUUUAUGAAGGAAAAGAACAACACUAGGUUUAAAGGAAAAAGUUUUCUCGAUAAAGUUGAUGAGAGUGACAUUGAUAUUAGUAAGGAAGUUGAGAAUGCAUUACCUCAGAGUCAAGUUAUGACCCUAAUACCAAAAGAAACAGAUACAACUUAUAGCAGCUCAUCUGAGCCAAUGCCAAAUUCUUAUCAGUCUUCAACAACUUACGUAGAAAAAGAAUCAGGAACUUUCAAGGAUUCGCCUUGUAUACCAACAAAACAUAAAUUAUCAAAUGAUUCUUUUAAAGAAACUGUUGACUUGAAAUAUUCAAAAAACCACUUAAGAAAAUCAUUUAAAUAUAAAGGAAGUUACAAAAUAUAUAACACUCGUUCUGAUAAAAAAGUGACUUCUAAUCUUAACUCACAUAUGUAUAUAAGUGAUUUUAAAAAAUCUUUUACGAGAGAUAAUAGUAAAAAAUCUGAUGAUGAUAUGAUAUUCGAUGAUGUGAGAUCUGACAUCUCAGAUUCGCAAACAGAGAAUCUAGGGAUCAAAUGCUAUGUUGAUAUUAAUAAAGUUAUUUCACCAAAAUACAUUGAAAAAAAAAAUAAUGACACACAAAAUAUUUAUUGCGAACAAAAUAGAUCGAAUAAUGAUAAUAAUGAAACUGAAAAAAAUAACACAAGCAAUCAUUCCUCUAAGCUACAAAUAGGUUGUCAAAACCUUACAGAAUUAAGUAACAAUGAAAAUUUUUGUUCAGUUGUGUCAAAUAAUUCUAUUUUUGGAGGAAAAAAAAAAGUGAAAGUUGAGAAUAUACACACAAACAAUAAAGCAUGUCAUAUUUUGACAAACAACCAAAUAAACUAUAAUUACAAAAACCUUAAAACAAAAAAUAGUGAUCAACAAACAUCAGCUGAUUCAGACGACAUUUAUAUUAAAACAUCAGCUGAUUUGGCAUGUGUAAAAAAUAUUGAUAGUUUGAGAGAAGAUGUCACAUCUAAAGAUACAAGUAUUGUAACACCAGCAUCAUUAAAAAAACUCUUAGGCGACGAACAGCAAAAUGAUUCUAAAGUUGUUUUUGAAUGUGUGUGUCAAAGCAGCAAAGAAAAAACUGUUUCAUCUAGCGUUGCAAAUAAAAAAUCUAUUGUAAACUCUGAUGAAAGUGGUACUAGUUGUAAAUGGUCAGAUGAUGAAUUUGAAGUUAAAUACAAUCCUACUGUUAGAGUUCCUUUUUCAAAAGAUGAAGAAAAAUAUAUUAAAGAGGGAAUAAAAAAAUUUGGUAUUGGCAAUUGGUGUAAAAUUAAACGAUCAUAUCCAUUUCAUCCAAAUAGAACAAAUGUGUCUAUAAAAGACAAAUAUCGGACCAUGAAACGCCAAGGAAUUUUAUAAUAACGACAUUUAAAACGAAGUUUGCGAUGCGAACAAGAAGAACAUCUUUAAAUUUGGUAGCAACAAAGUUAUGUUUUUGAAAAUACAUGUAUAUGUAUAUA